UGCUAUGCUAUCCUGCCACGUGCCGAAUUUAAGGCAUCCAUCCAAGUGGAUGUUUGCCCCUCUCCUCCUCUUCCUGGCUGAGCUCGGCUGCGGCGCCCAGCCCACUUACCAGUGGAAAGAUGCUGUGACAAACGAGAAGCUCACCUGCCAGCAGUGCCCGCCGGGGACCUUCGUGGCACAGCACUGCACCAGGGACAGACAGACGGUGUGCGAACCCUGCCCGGAUUUGCACUACACUCAGUACUGGAACUACCUGGAGAAGUGCCGGUACUGUAACGUCAUCUGCGAGGAGAAGCAGGUGGAGGUGCAGCAGUGCAAUUCCACCCACAACCGCGUCUGUCAGUGCCAGGAGGGCUACUACUCGGAGAUGGAGUUCUGCAUCAGGCACUCCGAGUGUCCGCCGGGCUCCGGCGUAGACAAACUGGGUACCCCCUUCGAGAACACCCGGUGCCGUGCCUGCCCCCGCGGCUUCUUCUCUUCCUCCAACUCCAGCACCAAGCCGUGCCAGCCGCACCAGGACUGCGAGCAGCAGGGGAAGGUGACCAACGUGCAGGGCAACCAGUAUCACGACACCCUCUGCACCUCCUGCAGGCUGGGGAGAAGCAACAGCACGCAGGGACCAGGAGACGACGACUGUGAGCAAGCCAUGAUAGAUUUUGUGGCAUACCAGAACAUCCCCAUCAGAAAGCUGAAGCGCCUGCAGCAAAUCCUGGAGCGCUCGCCGAGGAAGCAGGCGCUGGGGACCAGGGCAGCCAUCCAGGAGAAGUUCAGGGCUUUCCUCACCCACCUGAAAGAGGGACACUACGAGGUCACCAAGGAGCUGCUGGAUGCGCUGCGAGCUGCCAAGCUGCACUCCGUCGAGGAGAAGGUCCGCGAGCGCUUCCUCCUGCAUUGAGAAAAUGAACUGAACUUUUCGGGUGGUUUUUGUUUUGUUUUGUUUUUCUUCUGUGGCUUCAUUAAUUUAUUAAUCUUUCCAAACCUAACUAGAAAUGCAGCGUAGAGAUGAGUGAUGGGUCAGAGCUGAAGUGUGCUGUGCCAGCUGCGGUGGGUCCUGCUCUGCGUGCGGCUGUAUCGCUGCCUCCGGGACGGGAUGCGGUGAGCAGCAGCAUCCCUGCGCCAGUGGCCGGGCUGGGAGCUCCCUGGGUGCCGGCCGCGGAUUUUCCAGCACUCAGCAAGGGUCAAUGUUUUAUCAGAAGAGAAACGUGCGGCCAGGGUCAUUUUUUCUGGGGAAGAACCCAGCUCCCCCUUUUUAGACAACUGUCUGGCUUUGUUUUAAACUGUGUGGGUUUGUUUUUGUUGGGGUUUUUUUUAGUUAUUUAACAGUAUUUCCCACAGAGGAUUCAUUUGCAUUUGUUUGUCAUGCUUUGUUUUGAGAAAGGAGUUUACUGCUGAGACACACGUUGGGUGUGGGAUGCCCCUGGAGUCACUGGUACAGCCAGCUUUAAAUUUAUUUCUAAACUACCUGUUUUUAUACCAUGUGUGAGAGAUGUUUUCUAAAGAAAGAAACCAAAGAAGUUAU